CUCCGUCUCUCCUGGGAGCGUAGGUAGGGCUGGCAGUCACGGUUCUUUGGUAGCCAAAGAUAUUAGCAUCAGCUGUGUGCGGGAGCGAGGAGAGCGGUGUGGCGAGGAGUGUCGGUAAUCCAGUUUGUCUUCGCUGUAAACGGCGCGUUUUGAGUGCGCCGAAGGAAGGGAGCAGAAAAAAGAAAGACAGGAAGGAGAAACAAAUCACGAGCAAAACCUAUGGUUGGAAUUCGGAAUUUUUUUCUUCUUUGCCAAUGCAAAAGGAAAUAUGCAGCGAAGCUUCGCCUUGCUCUGCACCAGUUUUCUGGGGCUAUGCCUUGGUUCAAGUUUCCCAACUAAUAUAAAUAUUGGGGGAUUGUUCCCUACCGACUCCCACGAAUAUGAAGUCUUUAGGUUCGCUCUUUCACACCACCAGGAUAUCCCAAAACUGGUGCCUCAAGUGGAUAUGGUCGAAAUCGGGAGCAGUUUUGCAAUGACGUAUGCUUUUUGCUCGCAAUUCUCCAAAGGAGUGUACGCCAUAAUUGGACUGUACGACAAGACGACGGUGAACAUGCUGAUGUCAUUCUGCGGGGCGCUGCACGUGUGCUUCGUCACGCCCAGCUUCCCCAUCGAAACGUCCAAUCAGUUUGUGAUCCAGCUUCGGCCAGACCUCCAGGACGCUCUGGUCAACGUCAUCGAUCACUACAAGUGGAACAAGUUUGUGUACUUGUACAGUACUGACUCUGGACUGACAGUGAUGCAGAGAGUGCUGGACGCGGCAGCUGAGAAGACCUGGCUGGUUACCUCCGUCAAUCUGGAGACGCUGACGGAAGCGGCGCUCCUGAAAUUCUUCCUGGAGCUGGACAAGAAGAAAGAGGGAAAGAUCAUCAUCGACUGCGAGCUCGAGAGACUCACCACCAUCCUCAAAUCGAUUGCGUCCCAAGGGAGGAACCUGAAAAACAAUCAUUACAUACUAGCCAAUCUGGGCUUUCUCGACAUCGAUCUGACGGACUUCAGAAAAGGCGGCGCGAACGUUACUGGCUUCCAGCUGAUGAACUACUCGGACCCUGUGGUGAGCCGAUCGAUACAGGAGUGGCUGGACUUCGACAGCAAAGACCUCAAAAUCCCCAAGAAGCGACUGAAGUACACGGGUGCCCUCACAUAUGACGGUGUGAGUGUGAUGGCGGCCGCCUUUCAGAACCUCCGCAAACAGAGGAUCGAUAUUUCGCGGCGAGGGAACGCUGGUGACUGUCUGGCCAACCCCCCGGCGCCAUGGGGCCAGGGAAUCGACAUUCAGAGAGCCCUGCAGCAGGUUGAGCUGGAGGGCCUGACCGGACGCAUUCAGUUCGAUGAGAAGGGCCGGCGCACCAACUACACAGUCACCGUGAUGGAGCUGGGACCAAAGGGACCCAGAAAGGCAGGCUACUGGAACGAAGUGGAGAAGUUUGUGCGAACGGCGCCAUACCCACACAGCGGCAAUGAAACAUUCGGGCUGCAGAACCGGACCUACAUUGUCACCACAAUUCUGGAAUCUCCGUACGUGAUGCUGAAGAAGAACCACGAUCAGCUGGUCGGGAAUGACAAAUACGAGGGCUACUGCGUGGAGCUGGCCGCGGAGAUCGCCAAACACGUGGGCUACAACUACACGCUGGAGAUCGUGUCAGACGGGAAGUACGGGUCCAGGGACACCGAGUCCAAGAUGUGGAACGGCAUGGUGGGGGAGCUGGUCUAUGGCAAGGCUGACGUUGCCGUGGCUCCCCUCACCAUCACCCUGGUGCGGGAGGAGGUGAUCGACUUCUCCAAGCCCUUCAUGAGCCUGGGCAUCUCCAUCAUGAUCAAGAAGCCCAUGAAGUCCAAGCCGGGCGUGUUCUCCUUCCUGGACCCGCUGGCCUACGAGAUCUGGAUGUGCAUCGUGUUUGCCUACAUCGGGGUCAGCGUGGUGCUGUUCCUGGUGAGCCGCUUCAGCCCGUACGAGUGGCAGGGCGAGGACCCAGAGGAGGGGCUCGACCCCCAGCAGAGCCCCAGCCCCAGCCAGGGCCAGGGCCAGGACCAGCAGAGCCAGAACCAGGGGUCCCCGAGCCAGCAGGGCCAGGCCCAGGCCCAGCAGAACCAGCAGCAGAACCCAGGACAGAACCAGAACCAGCAGCAGCAGCAGGUCCCAGAGCACACCAACGAGUUUGGGAUUUUUAACAGCCUCUGGUUCUCGCUCGGAGCCUUCAUGCAGCAGGGGUGUGACAUUUCACCAAGGUCUCUGUCCGGCCGGAUCGUGGGCGGCGUCUGGUGGUUCUUCACCCUCAUCAUCAUCUCCUCGUACACGGCGAACCUGGCAGCCUUCCUCACGGUGGAGAGGAUGGUGUCACCCAUCGAGAGCGCUGAUGACCUCGCCAAGCAGACGGAAAUCGCCUACGGGACCCUGGAUGGGGGCUCCACCAAAGACUUCUUCCGGAGGUCAAAGAUCGCGGUGUUCGAGAAGAUGUGGUCGUACAUGAAGUCGGCCGACCCGUCGGUGUUUGUGAAGACGACGGACGAGGGCGUGGCCAGGGUUCGGCGGUCGAAGGGGAAGUACGCGUACCUGCUGGAGUCCACCAUGAACGAGUACAUCGAGCAGCGCAAGCCGUGCGACACCAUGAAGGUGGGCGGCAACCUGGACUCCAAGGGCUACGGCGUGGCCACGCCCAAGGGCUCGGCUCUGAGAAACCCAGUAAACCUGGCAGUGUUAAAACUGAACGAGCAGGGCCUGUUGGACAAACUGAAAAACAAAUGGUGGUAUGACAAGGGCGAGUGCGGCAGCGGGGGAGGUGAUUCCAAGGACAAGACCAGUGCUCUCAGCCUCAGUAAUGUGGCUGGAGUCUUCUACAUCCUGAUUGGAGGGUUGGGCCUGGCCAUGCUCGUAGCCCUGGUCGAGUUCUGCUACAAGUCCAGAACCGAGUCCAUGAGAAUGAAGCAAAUCAUCAACGACGCGAUGACGAGCUCCACGCUGAACCGGGCGAGCGGAAACGGCAGCGGCGGCGGGGAGAACGGGCGCGUGGUGGCGCACGACUUCCCCAAAGCGGCGCAGACUCUGCCCUGCAUGAGCCACGCGGGAGACAUGGGCCUGGGCGCGUCCGGGAUGUGAUUCGCUCACGCGCCGCCGCCAUGGAAACACCGACGACCACGCCGGCGUCCGCGACGGCGUCGGGCGACUCCGUAACGACAACAGCGGGAGGAGCGUCGCGCUGCAGAAACCUGCGCAUCCGUCAACACCUACUGCCAAAAUGGACUCUUCUGGAACUACUAUAGACUACUAACUAUCGCUACCGAUAAAAAAAGAGAAAAAAGACACUUUUCUAAAGAGAAAUUGUUUGUUUAAAAAUGAUCGUCUGCUGCAAUAAAGAAGCCGUCCCGUCAGAACUUUUAAGAAGUGUACAUUUCGUGUCGAGAAAUGGGAAGACUGCCCCCACCCCCACCCCACUACCCCAAAAAAGUGACACUUUCUUCUCUGUGCCUGUUCUUUAGUCCUGUUUACGUUUUCUCCACAUGCGAUAUUUGGAUUAUUAUCAGUGUUGAACUGUUGUUUGCCUCUUCCUUUUUCCUUACUACAGCAUCACAUGGAAAGUGUAUUAAAAUCCUGUUUUAUCCUAAUGCCUAUCACAAAUGUGCUGUUUAUACAGUAAGAUGUUUUUGCGUGGCAGAAGUGCAGGUUGUGUUGGAUGAGCACAGUAUGCUGUCGUGGAUUAUCUGUUUGUGAACUCAUCCACACAGUCAUCCACACAAUUAACCACACAAUCAACCACGCAGUCAUCCAAACAAUCAACCACAGUCAUCCACACAAUUCACCACACAAUCAACCACACAAUUAACCACACAAUCAACCACACAAUCAUCCACACAAUCAACCACACAAUCAUCCACACAAUCAACCACACAAUCAACCAAAUUUUGUCUUUUUUAAAAAUCUAUCAGAUAUGUCCCAGUAUAUGUGCACCCUAUUGGCAAAAUUAACCGGAUUUAAUUCAGGCAACAUGUUCCUAAAAAUAAUCUCUUACAUUAUGAGUCAACAUAAAUUAAAUGUCAAUUGCAAAAAGCAAAAAGAAAGAAAAUCUAUGGUUUUGUCUUCAGGCUGGUGCUGUGACAGGGUCCUGUGGGUAUUGUGGAUAUUGUCCUGAGCACGGGGCUUGCUAGAUCAUCAAGCAAAGAAUGUUUAUUUUCUUUAUUCUAGUUAGUCCUUAUUCUGCAGUCAGGUUGAACUGGGUCAAGGGAGAAGAAUUAACCGGCGUAUUUGUUUUCCAUAUCUUUGAAACACAGCUGGUCCGAAAUGUAUUUUAUUUCCUUUGUAAGACAACAUAAGUUUAUACUCUGCUCCGGGGGGACAAGCAGCCUAAUAUAUGUCAAGGAUAUAUGCUGCAGCUGCUGAAUCAUUCCUGGCCUUUAUUUAUGGGAUUCUUUGACAGAUUGCAGUGUUUUCAGAAAAGUGACAGUGUACAUCUUUAUUUAGUGCCCAUGCAAAAUGACAAGGCUUGGCUGUGCGUUUGUGUUGUCUGUGUGUUUGUAUGUAUGUAUAGACAUAAAUAUUGUAAAUAACUUUUCAAAGUUAUCUGUCAUCUUAUCCUUUUCCAAAGAUGGAGCCUGUUGGCGGUGAAGAAAGACCUGCCACAUCAGAUUUUGUGUAGGAGAGGAGGAGAGAUGGGGUAAAAAGACAAGCCAUAGUGCAGCCCUACGAGUGGAGCUAGAGUGUGUGACGGAAUAGAAAGUACAUGUCCUACAGUGCACUGUGCAGAAAUCCAUUUUUACAAAAUAAUCGCCUUGAAGUACAGAGAGAAUUCAAUCAUGUUGAUCGUCCAUUUUAUUUGACUCUUGGUUCCAGGAAUUGUAUUGUGACAGUUGAGUCUAUUUUCACGUUUGCAACAGCCAAUCAGUGAGUCACAUUUCUUGUCACAUUUUUGUUCCAGCUUGUGGGCACAGCAAUACCAAGGCUGCAUAGGACAGCGGACUUCAUGCGUACCAUGAAUCCGCACUCCACACUUGAUUUUCUGUGAUUAAACAAGAUGGUUUGAAAAACAA